AAAAAUUUUCUGCUUCAAGGCGUGCAGACGUGUGUUACUUUCAACGCGAAAAACUAAGUUUCUCAUCAAAGAUGGCCCGUACCAAGCAAACCGCUCGUAAGUCAACUGGUGGCAAGGCACCACGUAAGCAGCUGGCCACCAAGGCCGCCCGCAAGAGCGCUCCGGCAACCGGUGGUGUGAAGAAGCCGCAUCGUUAUCGUCCGGGAACGGUCGCCCUGCGUGAGAUCCGUCGUUACCAGAAGUCGACUGAGCUGUUGAUCCGCAAGCUGCCCUUCCAGCGGCUGGUGCGUGAAAUCGCUCAGGACUUCAAGACGGACCUCCGCUUCCAGAGCUCGGCCGUGAUGGCUUUGCAGGAAGCGAGCGAGGCGUACCUGGUCGGACUGUUCGAGGACACGAACCUGUGCGCCAUCCACGCCAAGCGUGUGACGAUCAUGCCGAAGGACAUCCAGCUGGCUCGUCGCAUCCGUGGCGAGCGUGCCUAAGCGGGCUACGUCUGCUACCCCCUUCUACAAACGGCCCUUUUCAGG